CCGCCUCUCCUCCUCCACCAUGGCGAGCCAGGACCCUGUCAACCCUUCACAUGCUGCGUUUGACCUCUUCGUCCAAGCCCAGAGCUGCAAGGACGUGAGGCAUCACUUCGCUGAGCUCUGCAAGCAGCUGGACGUCAACCCCAGAGAGUUCAGGACCUUCUACAUCAAGGUCAAGGAGAGGCUGAACUACUGGAAGGCCAAGGCUCUGUGGACCAAGCUGGACAAGAGGGCGACUCACGCAGAUUACCAGCAAGGAAAAGCCUGCACCAAAACCAAGUGUCUGGUGUUGGGUGCCGGACCAUGUGGGCUGAGGACGGCCAUCGAGCUGGCCCUGCUCGGCGCUCAGGUGCUGGUGCUGGAGAAGAGAGAGUCCUUCACCAGGAACAACGUGCUCCACCUGUGGCCCUUCACCAUCUGCGACCUCCGCGGCCUCGGAGCCAAGAAGUUCUACGGCAAAUUCUGCACCGGCUCCCUGGAUCACAUCAGCAUCCGUCAGCUGCAGCUGGUUCUAUUGAAAGUGUCCCUGCUCCUCGGGGUGGAGGUGCACACGGGCGUGGAGUUCCAGGGCCUGAUUGAGCCCUCAGGGGAAAACGGUUGGAUGGCCAAGCUGCAGCCUGCGGCUCAUCCUGCUGCAUCCUUCCAGUUCGACGUCUUCAUCUCUGCAGGAGGAGGCAGAUUUGUCCCCGAUGGUUUCAAACAUAAGGAGCUGAGAGGAAAGCUCGCCAUCGGCAUCACGGCCAACUUCAUCAACAGGAACACGGCGGCCGAGGCCCACGUGGCCGAGAUCAGCGGCGUCGCUCGAAUCUACAACCAGAAGUUCUUCCAGGAUCUGCUCACAGAGACGGGUAUUGAUCUGGAGAAUAUCGUCUACUACAAAGACGACACCCACUACUUUGUCAUGACUGCCAAGAAGAAGAGCCUGCUGAAGCAAGGGGUCAUCAAACAGGACUCCGGUGACGCCGAGGAGCUGCUGGCUCCGGCCAACGUGGACAGCGAGGCUCUGAACCGCUACGCCCACGACGCCGCCCACUUCUCCACGGGCGGCCUGCUGCCCGACCUCCAGUUUGCGAAGAACCCGAACGGCGAGCCGGACGUGGCCAUGUUCGACUUCACCUGCAUGCACCGCGCCGAGAACGCCUCCCUGGUCCGGGAGAGGAGGGGCCGGAAGCUGCUGAUGGGGCUGGUGGGAGACUGUCUGGUGGAGCCAUUCUGGCCUCUAGGAACGGGCAUCGCUCGGGGCUUCAUGGCUUCCUUCGACACCGCCUGGAUGGUGAGGAGCUGGGGAAUGGGAGUCCCGCACCUCAAGGUCCUGGCUGAGCGAGAAAGCAUUUACCAGAUCCUGUCUCAGACCACCCCUGAAAACACCAGCAAGAACUACGCUGGGUACAGCAUCAACCCCAGAACCCGUUACCAGAGGAUCAACCUGACCUCCAUCCACACCGGCCAGGUGCAGCACCUUUACGACGCGGAUAAAUCCCAACCGUCCAGCAGGAAGCAGAAGGACAAGGGUUCCUUCCUGCGUCACGAUUCGAUCCGUGGUUUUGAGGAUUUGUUGAAGUGGUGCCAGACUCACACGGCCGGUUACGAGCACGUGAAGGUGACGGAUUUCUCUCAGUCCUGGAGGUCGGGCCUGGCUCUGUGCGCCCUCAUCCACCACUUCAGACCCCAGCUCAUUGACGUGAGCUCCCUGGAUGAGUCCGGCGCCGCUCACAACAACCAGCUGGCCUUCGGCAUCCUGGAGAGGGAGCUGGGCAUCCCCCCCGUCAUGUCAGCCAGUGACUUCGCCAACAGCGGUCAGAUAGACAAGCUGUCGAUGGUGCUGUACCUCACGCAGGUGCAGGACGCCUUCACCGUGCUGGCCAAGGAUAAAACUCUGGACCCGGCUCGCUUCCUGCCGCCUCCCAAGACGCUGAGUCUCUCCCGGACGCAGACGGCCGUCUUCUUCCUGAGCAAGCUGAAGCACAACUCUCUGCAGAGACGCAAGGAGAAGCUGGCAGGAGACAAACCAACGGGAGCGAGCGACACGAGGAUGGAAGAUGAGGACAGAACCUUGGUUCCUGCUGUGUCCCCUGAGCUCAGUCCCAGUCCCACGACUCCUCCUCCUCCUGCUCCCGCUCCUGCUCCUGCUCCCGAGCCGUGUGCCGGCGGGUCGAUGCCGAACAGCGACGGCUGCUACUUCUGCGGUCAGAGGGUUUACGUGGUGGAGCGCAUCAGUGCUGAGGGCAAGUUCUUCCACCGGAGCUGCUUCACCUGCCACCGGUGCAGCAUCACACUCCGACUGGGCGGGUACACCUUCGACCAGGCCACAGGGAGGUUCUACUGCGAGCUGCACUCUGAGGAUCUGGUGAACCGGGCUGAACCAUCUCGUCAGGACAGCCAGGGAGUGGACAAGGGGACGACUGAGGAGAACGGUCUGUCCAGUGAUGAUUACACACUGUCUCCAUCGGACGAGGAGUUCGAGCACACGUUGGACUGCGGCCCCCCCCCCUCCUCUCCUGCGGCGUCCCACAUCUGUGACGGGCAGGAGCGGCGCCCACCAGGAUCCAGAGGAGAGUCCAGAGAGGCUCCUUUCACAGAUCCUCCUCCUGAAGCCCGGGUAGCAGCUCCGGCCGAGGAGCCCAGCGCGCCCUGCCCGGUCCCCAAGCCACGCCUCUCUCGGCAGCCCAGCCCCUCCCCUCCCGUAGCCAAACCUCGCACGAUCCACCUCAUCAACCCCUCGGCUCCAGAGACCCCCUCCCCUGCGACGCCCACCCAGGAGACCUCCAAGGCGGCGCCCGACUCCAGACCGAAGCAGUCGCUGCGGAAGCUGCAGCUCACCAACGAGGAGAAAAGCCUGCUGGUGAAUCUUCAGAGCUUCAGCAUCGACUCGGACUCCGAGACCCCCGGAGGAUCCUCCUCCUGCUCCUCGUCCUCGGCGACGGCGGGAGGUCCGAGCCCCCCCAAACCCGGGGGCCUGGACGGGCAGGAGGAGGAGGGCUACUGGAGCAGCAGCACCACCGGGCACAUGCGGGAGAAGAGGAACCGCCGCUGCUUCAAGAGGAAGGAGAUGCCGAGCGGCCAGACCAGAGAACGAUCCAAGUUCUCCCCCUGGAACCUCUCGUCCCCGAGGAUCAGCCGGGACACGCGGCUCAGCGUCCACGUCCACCGUCCAGGGAGAGUGGAAACGACUUUCCGACACGUGCACAGCGCCUCGGAGGAAGGAGCCGACGGAGACGACGACGAGGACGAGGACGACAUGUUUGAACAAGAUGAUAUCGACCUGUACGAUGAGAAGACUCUGCCGUCGGACCCCGUCGAGGCCGAGAAGAUGGAGUUCAUGAAGAUGAGGACGCUGGAGCGACGAGCCAAGACCAGUGAACUACAGCGAUUGCGCAAUGCACAGUCGAUCCAGCGGCGACUGGAGGAGAUCGAGGUGACCUUCAAGGAUCUGGAGGAUAAAGGUGUCGUGCUGGAGAGGACGCUGAGAGGAGAGGCCGGCAGCAGCGGCUCCCCCGACAUGAUCGAGCAUUGGAUCCAACUCGUCCACGAGAAGAACGCGCUGGUUUCUGAGGAGUCUGACCUCAUGGUGGCGUCUCGACAGCUGGAGCUGGAGGACAAGCAGAGCAUGUUGGAGCUGGAGCUCAGGAAGUUCAUGGAGCUGAAUGACAAGACGCAGGAGCAGGAGGUGGAGGAGGAGCGGGUCCUGCAGCAGAUGAUCGAGGUGGUGGACAUGAGGGACUCGCUGGUCUCCUUCCUGGAGGAGAAGAGGCUGAAGGAGAUGAGCGAGGAGCAGGAGGCCUUCUCCAUCAUGGAGGCCAGACGGCACUCCAAGGCAGGAUCUCAGGUUCACUGGGCAUCAUAAGACUCCUCCCCCCGUACAAACACACUGACACACACACACACACACUGACACACAC